UUUAGGGUUCGAUUGCAGAGAGAUGGGAGGGGGAGUACAACUUACAAAGGUGUAACUUUGCAUCACCCAAAGCGAUGGCAUGUUGUCACCGGCAAAGGCUUGUGCGACGUCAUGUGGUUUUGGGUCAUGUACAGGGCUAAGCUAGAUGGUCCUGUUGUAUUGGGUUGGAGACACCCUUGGGAGGGCCAUGAUGAUCAUUCUUACAGUCAUGGAGAUACGCAUUAGUGAUUAUUGGCAAUGUGUUUAACAGCCGCCGGAAGACGAUUAUCGGAUUAUAGGCUGCUGUUGGAGAUGCUGUUCUGAGUCUUCUUGUUAAUUGUUCGGUUUGAAUAAAGUGUUUGUGAAGAAAGAUUGUGGGGAUAAUGAGAUAAAAAAACGAAACUCCAUUUCAAUCAUGGUUUUUUGUUGAUUUUAAUCAUGGAUUUGUUUGAAUGAAUGUGUUGUUGCUUGUGCA